AUGGCCGCACAAACCCCGGAGAACGUCUGGGAUUAUCCUCGGUCAGUACAUGCCUUCUCGACUUGAACUAUCUCCUCCUCGGAAGGCGGCGCACACCUGAAUUCUCCACACCUGGUCUCUGGUCUCGUUACUGACCUGACAUCGAGCCUCUGACGAUCGAGCAGACCGCCAGCGUUGGAAAAGACGCCUCUCCGGCUUCGGAUCGUUUGGACCGAUGAGGAGGGCCAAGAGUCUGUACUGGCAGAUACGAUGUCGGGGUAUAGGGUCUUGGAAACGAGGUCAGUGCCGAAUCCGAGUUACUAGUGCCCGAGACGGCGAAAGGAGCUGACAUUUGAUCGUGGUGCGAAUGGUGUAAAUAGUCACCCCCCGACCUACUACAUCCCUCCCAAGGAUGUUAACACCGAAUGGCUCACCAAAUCUCCGCGAUCCUCAUUCUGCGAAGUAAGCUUGUAUCCACCUUCUUGGGCGGAGGGCCUCGUCUUUUACAAUCACCACGCUGAGCUACACUUCCGUCUCCUCCCUCCCGACCGAAAGUGGAAAGGCCAAGCGACCUACUACAACCUCCAGCCCACCACCUCUUCCCGACCCCUCGUCAAAGACCGCAUCUGGACCUACUCCAACCCUACUCCCCGCUUUGUGAUCAUCAAAGACUACCUCAGUUUCUACGCCACUUCUUCUUCCUCCAACUCGCGUUCCGAAGGAGGGAAAGGACAAUGGAAGUGUUUCGUAGGGGAGGAGGAGGUUGUUCCCCAGGAGGGAGAUUUUUAUGGUGGGUGGAAGACGAGUUGGAUUCAGGGCAAGAUGAAGGGUGGGCCGGGGACUUGGGGUUGGUGA